AUGGCUGCUCCGCUCAGCAACUCCAGCAAUGGCUCGGACGCGUGGCCCGAGGCGCUCAACUCCACGGCGGCGCGCGGCGCUCCAGGCGUCCCGGACGUCGCCCUCUUCUGCGUGACGGGCGCGCUGGCGCUGGCCGCGCUGGCAGGCGGCGUGGGCUCGCUGGCAGCGCUGCUGCCCGUGCCUCGCCGGGGCGCGCUGCCCGCGCUGGUGGCCGCCUGCUCCGUGGACGACCUUGUGGGCGCCGUGGCGGCAGGGCUCUUCCUGCGCCUGCAGUGGCCCCGCGACGCGCCCGGCCACGCGCGGCCCCUGUGCGCCGCCGCCGCGCUGCUCUACACCGGCCAGGGCCUCUCCGGGAACCUCAAGGCCGCCCUCCUGGUGGGAUAUAGCUUCGUCAGCCUGCGCCGGGCGGCGGGGACGCCGGCGGGCUGCCGGGGCCGUGGCAGGGCGCUGGGCGCGGCGCUGGGCGCGGGCGCUGCGGGCCUGGGGCUGGCCGCGCUGCCUCUGGGAGGCUGGGGCGCCUUCGAGCGCACGGCCUGGGGCUGCCGCGUGGCGGGGCCCGCCGUGCCGCCGCUCUGCGCGCUCUACGCUGCCGCCCUGGCGCUGCUCGCUGGCCUGGCCGGGCCACUCGCGCCGCCGCUCCUGUGCUCCGAGGCGCCGCCGCGAGCCCAGGCCCAGUACCGGGCGAUCGCCGGCGGCGCGUCCGUCCCGGACUCCCCUCCGCCAGGGCGCCGCGCGGCCUCUGACCCGGGGUCCCCGCUCGCGUCUCCGGGACCUGGCCCGCCCGACGGCCCCCAGGCCGGAGCCCGCGAGCGCCAGAACCCGUGGGACAGCCGGAGCUUCGAGCGCAGCGUGGCGCAGCGGCGCUUCGCCCUCAUCCUGGCGCUGACCAAAGCUGUCCUGUGGCUGCCCAUGAUGGCGCACAUGCUGGUGCAGCACGCGGCAGGGCUACGCAGCCCGGGCCUGGAGACACUCGGCUUCCUGCUAACCCUGCUGGCUGCCUCCGUGACACCACUGUUCGCGCUGUCCGGGCGCUGGGCACACCUGCCCUGCGGCUGCGCCGUCGACUGCGGACGGAACCCAUACACCUCAGCCUCAGACGGGAGGACCGCCAAGAGGAGAGGCUUCGAGUUCAGCCUGUCCUUCCAGCAGAGCUACGGCAUCUAUCGGCUAGCGCGGGACGAGGACUGCGCCCAGCACGGCCCGGCCCCGCCCGGCGCGGGCGGCCCCGGGGCUGACUCCAGAACGCACCGCCACGCCGCGGGCCGCGCGAGCCCGGCGGGGAUCAGCACCGGACCCGCGGACAGCGCCGCGCGGGAGGAGGUCAGCACCGGACCCGCGGACAGCGCCGAGCGGGAGGAAGUCAGCACCGGGCCCACGGACAGCGCCGCGCGGGAGGAGGUCAGCACCAGGCCCGCGGACAGCGCCGCGCCCGGCGGCCGCCUGGCGGACGCGCGGGAGCCCGGCAGCCGCCCGGGGCCAGGCGCGCUUCCCGACGAGGCCCAGGGAGACGGCACCCCGCGAGACGGCCCGGAGAAACGACGGUCGCCUGAGGAGAGCCAGAGGCCCGGCCUAUCCGACUGGGAGUGGAGCCGGAGCAGAUCGGAGAGGACCCCGCGGCAGCGUUCGGGCGGCAGCCUUGCCACACCCCUGUGUGCAUUCCAGGGGAUGGUGUCUCUCCAGGCACCCACCGGAAAAACCCUGUCCCUUUCUACCUAUGAGGUCAGCGCAGAAGGGCAGAAAAUAACCCCUGCCUCUAAGAAAAUAGAAGUCUAUCGAUCUAAAAGUGUUGGCCAUGAACCAAAUACCGAGGAUUCUCCUUCUACGUUUGCAGACACCAGUGUCAAAAUACACUUGGAGGUUCUUGAAAUUUGUGACAACGAUGAGGCCUUGGACACUGUGUCGAUUAUCAGCAACAUCAGCCAGUCCUCCACCCAAGUGAGAUCACCAUCGCUGCGCUACUCGCGCAAAGAAAACAGGUUUGUGUCCUGUGACUUGGGGGAAACGGCCUCCUACUCCCUCUUUUUACCUACGAGUAACCCAGAUGGGGACAUCAGCAUCUCCAUCCCAGAUACUGUGGAGGCACACAGACAGAACAGCAAGAGACAGCGUCAGGAGAAGGACGGCUACCAGGAGGAAAUCCAGCUGUUAAAUAAAGUUUACAGGAAGAAAGAGGAAGAGAGGAAGGGCAGCGAGGGGUCUGCUGGUCCAGGCGGAGCAAGAGAGGCCACGCAGCCUUGA